UCAAAAUGGCGGGACUUACAGAAGUUGUCGCUCAGUGCAUGACACUCGAUGAAGAGUUGACAGACAUAACAGACAAGGAAGAAAGAAAAACAAUUAUCCUACGACAUCUUGAUAAAGUGGACUCUUUGGACUUUGUUAUUCCUGAUUUCAAAACAGGUCUUGAUUGGCUCAAUGUUCCGGAAGCAUUGUCUCUGGCCAAUCAGCUUGCUGGAAAAGUGUUGGUGCUUGACUUCUUCACUUACUGCUGCAUCAACUGUAUGCAUGUGUUGCCAGAUUUGGAGUACUUGGAGUCAAAGUUCAAGGUGAAGGAUGGAGUCGUCAUAGUUGGUGUUCAUUCAGCAAAAUUCCUGAAUGAGAAAGUAACAGCGAACAUUCUCAGUGCCGUUCUCAGAUAUAACAUUGAACACCCUGUUGUUAAUGAUUGUGAUGCAUUGCUGUGGCAACAGCUGGAGAUUAGCUGUUGGCCUACAUUCCUUUUGGUUGGACCCAAAGGUCAGUAUAUCUAUGCAAUGGUGGGUGAAGGUCAUCAGGAUAAACUGGAGGAAUUUGUUGGCAUAGCAGUGGAACAUUACAAGGCCAAAGAUGAGGUGAAAGAUGCAGACAUCCCCCUGAGUCUAGAGAAACACAAGAAGCAGGGUUCACCCCUCAGUUUCCCGGGGAAGCUGUGUCUGACAGAGGGCGGGGACCUGGUGGUGUCGGACACGGGCAACAACCGGGUGUUGGUGCUGCAGGCAGAGACGGGGAUCUUGCAGCAUGCCGUCGGGGGACCUGAUCGAGGAUUCCAGGACGGAGAAUUCUCCAGGGCGAGGUUCUCCUCUCCCCAGGGGGUGGCGGCGUGGGGGACACAGGUGUACGUGGCAGACACCGACAACCACGCAAUACGACUGAUCGACCUGGAGUCUGGGACUGUGAGGACGAUAGCCGGUACAGGCCUGCAGGGGACGGACAAAGAAGGGGGUCGCAGUGGUCCCCAGCAGCCAUUGUCCUCCCCUUGGGACGUGGUGCUGGGAUGGGGGCAAGGUGACCUCUCCCCGAGUGUGCUGUACAUCGCGAUGGCAGGAACACAUCAGAUCUGGGUGUACUUCCUGCAAGACAGGAAGUGGUACAAGGGCAGUGAACAUAAGGCCGGCACGUGUAUUAGGUUUGCCGGUUCGGGCAACGAGGAGAACCGAAACAACAGCUACCCUGCUAAAGCUGCGUUUGCUCAGCCGUCUGGCCUCGCAACAUCUCCCCCUGACAAGCUGAACAGCCUCUAUGUUGCUGAUGCUGAGAGCUCUAGUGUACGAACAGUCCUGCUUAAAGAUGGUGCUGUGCGAGCACUGGUGGGCGGGGAGAGAGAUCCAACGAAUUUGUUUGCCUUCGGUGAUGUUGACGGAGUGGGUGUGGCCGCGAAGCUGCAGCAUCCCCUAGGCGUCGCGCUAGUUGGUGACGAGGGACCACUGCUGGUGGUCGACUCCUAUAAUCAUAAGCUGAAGAGUAUUGAUCUGAAGACAAAGGAAUGCACAACUGUUAUUGGUCUGGCGGAGGAAGGGAGACAACUCAGUGAGCCCGGUGGACUGUGUGUUGACGCAAGGAAGGGGGUGGUCUAUAUUGCAGACACAAACCAUCACGCCAUCAAAGUGUACCACAUGGAGAAGAAAACCCUUACUCAGCUCCCCGUUAUACUGGACUCCUUCCCAGAGAAGUCAGAGAAUAAUGACACAGCAGAUCCUGCUCCUGAUGUGGACAGUGUGCACACAGCUUUGAAGGUCAGACCUGGAGGUCACCUUGACCUGACCUUGACCGUUGAUCUUGCUGUGGAAGACCACCUGAAUGAGGAAGCGCCCAACUCAUGGAAACUCCAAAGUCAAGAUAAUCUAGGUAAACUCAUCAUCAGCAACAACGGUGCCUCAAAAGGAAAGCUCCGACCUGAAACUACGCAACACUUCACACAGCUACAAAUUCCGACAGCCUCUGAAGAAAGCCACUGUGACUUGACCUUCACCUUCCAGCUGUUCGUGUGUGCAGCAGACAACACGUGUAGCAUAGUGAAGAGGUCGACAUUGCUGCCCCUGACGAUGUCCCAAGAUGCUGCUGAAACAGCCGCGGCAGACAUCAGUCUUUCUCUUAGAUCUUGACAUCAGACGUCAAACGAACAGCAUACGUCAACCUUUCUCUCAGAUCUAAACAUCAGACAGCAAACGAACAGCAGAUGAACCUUUAGAUCUUACAUGAGACAACUAAAGUACAACAAAAGUACAGCAGAUGUCAGUACGCAAGUAAUUAAGCACACUGUUGUUUCACUAUUAAGUUGUGAUUUUGUGGGAGUUUUUUACAGAUACCCAGCAUGUCUUGACUAUAGUGCUACAAAUGCCAAAAAUGAACUUGUGCCUGCAAAUAUGAAUUAUGUUCACACUAGCUUACUUUAGUCAAUAUUUUGUAUUACACUUAUGCAGAAGCUUAUGUGAUAAUGAUAUGCAUCCUAUAGAGAGCUCUGAUCUGUUCUCACAUUAUAUGUCAAUGUUUUCUGCCAUCUAUGGCAUUAUUGGUUUUAACAAUCAAGGGCGCAACCAUCUAGCAGCAUGUUGCAUCUUGGUGCAUCAGUUUAUUUAGCAGUUCUGUGCUACACAGGGAUUGAUGUAGGAGUUCUCAGAGGUCGAUAUUCGGCCCAUUUGUGCAGCAAGUGUUGUUAAUAAAUUUUUAAAUAAUCCAUUUCAUCUUGUGAUCAAAGUUAAAGGUUUGCAAGGAUGACUUGUAUUUUAAAAGGUUCAGUAAAAGGUUUUGAACGCUCAAGAAAACUCCCAUUUUUGGCCAAAAUAAUGCUUUUACCUAACAAAGACACUUAGUUUGGAUUCCUAGAUAAAUCCCUGCUACAUUGAUGUACAGAAGAGUUUUAAAACUCUGCUGCUGAAACCUGGCAGAAACCAAUGCUUUCAGCUCACUUGAUAUGGUCAUUGUGAGCUUAUGUAAUGGACAGGGUUAACUUAAAGGGGAAGUGUACACGCAAAAGUUACUUUCUUUCUUUUUCUAAACAAAACGCAAUUUUAGAAUUAGUUAGUAUCUGUGUUUGAAAAUAUACACUC